CGUAGCCCCGCCCCCUGGCGCAGGCGCGCAAGUUCCUAGUCUCGCGCGUCUCCAGUCAGCGGAGUCACGAUGGCGGCGGACAGGCCGUACUAAUGAGACAGCGAAAUAAGCGCUGGACACUGUACUUCAUAGCCGUACAUUUAGCGAUCGGCGGACUGUAGAAGAGUAACGGGGAGGAGUCUUCUUUACUUCCAACACGGAUAAAGCGUCUCCGAGUCGGAUAUACUGCGUGUCUAGAGAGGGGAGUGCGCCUUCUAUCACACUGCAGCAGGCUGAACAUCAGGCCGGAGCUGGGGACAGCAUACGACAGCAGCCAUGCAGAUCACUCUGAAGACCCUUCAGCAGCAAACAUUUAAGAUAGACAUCGACGGAGAGGAGACGGUCAAAGCACUGAAAGAAAAGAUUGAACUAGAAAAAGGGAAGGAUGCAUUUCCUGUUGCUGGUCAAAAGUUAAUUUAUGCAGGUAAAAUUCUAAAUGAUGACACGGCCCUUAAAGAAUAUAAAAUUGAUGAGAAGAACUUUGUGGUGGUUAUGGUGACAAAACCAAAAGGUGCAGCAUGUUCUUCAACUCCUACUCCUGCAGCAUCCCAGCCAGCCAGUGCUGCAGCUCCAGCUCCGGCCUCACCCCCUCUAACAUAUACACCAAUUGCCCGACAAAACGCCCCUAUACCCUUGCCUGUACCUUUCUCCAUACCCGCUGUUCCUGCUCCUGCUGCACCUACUUCUGAGCCAUCCACAACCACUGCACCUAAGGAAGAGAAACCUGAAGAAAAAACAGACAGUCCACAGGAGACUGUGAGUCCCUCAUCAACUGAGUGCAGUUUACCAACUGAUUCCUCUCGACCAUCUCUCUUUGAAGAUGCCACAAGCGCACUCGGUCAAUCAUAUGAAAAUAUGGUAACUGAAAUUAUGUCAAUGGGCUAUGAGCGAGAACAAGUAAUUGCUGCGCUGAGAGCAAGUUUUAACAAUCCAGACCGGGCAGUUGAAUACCUUCUUAUGGGAAUCCCUAGUGAUCGUGAAGGUCAGGCAGUUGCAGAACCUCCCCAGACUUUAAGCAGUACACCUACUCAGCCUCUUCCCGCUGCGGCAGGUGCAGCUGCAACGACUACUACACCAUCUACACCCUCAACGGGAGGAAAUCCCCUUGAUUUCUUGCAGAAUCAGCCUCAGUUUCAGCAGAUGAGGCAGAUCAUUCAGCAGAAUCCUUCCCUAUUACCAGCACUUCUCCAACAAAUCGGUCGGGAGAAUCCCUCACUACUGCAGCAAAUUAGCCAGCAUCAAGAGCAAUUUAUUCAGAUGUUAAAUGACCCAGUCCCAGAAAGUGGGGGGCAAGGUGGAGGAGGAGGCGGAGGAGGUGGAGGUGGAAGAGGCAUUGCAGCAGAGGCUGGAAGCGGUCAUAUGAACUACAUUCAAGUCACACCUCAGGAAAAAGAAGCUAUAGAAAGGCUAAAAGCACUAGGAUUCCCUGAAGGACUUGUGAUACAAGCUUAUUUCGCAUGCGAGAAGAAUGAGAAUUUGGCUGCCAACUUCCUUCUACAGCAAAACUUUGAUGAUGAUUGAAAAGAAGAGACUGUAUUUUUUGUAUCUCACUUCACACCAGUGCAUUACACUAACUUUGCUCACUGGAUUUACUCGGAUGAUUUGGGUUCAUAUCCACAAUAUUCGGUGUAUGGUAGUAACGGGGGGUGGGAGGGCUCGGGAAAUAUUGGAAAAAUUAGGUAAUGAAAAUGCAUACAACUGCUUUAAUUAAGCAGUAACAGCAAUCCGCUUGUAUUAUAAUACAAAGGAAUUAAACCUAUACAACCAAAAUAAAGCUUCAGCAGACAAAGUUUAUUUUCUUUUAAGCAUUAUAUGUUUGCCUUUACUAGUAUACUUCAAUCCAGAAAUUUAGUGUAAUGCCCUGCUUCCUUAUUUCAUUUAAACUUAAAAAAAAGGUGUUAGUAAUAAUCUGUGGUUUUUGUUAUGUGAACCUUUUGGUCACCGAAACCUUGGAUUAUUGCUAUAGGGCUUUAAAGAAGUUUGCAAGUUGUAAAUGCCAAAAUAAACAUAGAUGAUCAUCUGCUGCUUUACAAAAAAUCUAUGUAUGAAAUUAGUGCACAGAAUUUUUUAACAUGGUAAUCCUGUGAAAGUCAAUUCAGAAAUGUUUCCUUCCAAUAAAACAAUCUUCACUGAUAUUUACAAACCUGGUCAUUGAGUGAAUAGUGCUCAUACGCACGCAGGAGGUUAUUUUUGUUUUAUGUGUUUUUUUUUUUUUCUGUUUUAUUUUUUCUUGCAGAUUAAGGAUUGGCUCCAAUUAGCUUUCUAAUUGCUAAUUUCUUCAAUGUUUAAAUUGCAGUAAAGUUUUUAAAACAACUGUUGCAUGUUCUGGUUUCCCACAUGGUGUGUUAAGUAACAUUUACUCCGCAAUUAUUUCUUUUUAAUGAGAACGUGCAGCCUUCUCUACCCGUCUCGCACGUUUAAAUCUGUAUUUAGCCCUUUAUCACAUCCAUUACUUUGUGAAACAGUACACCACCACCAAAAAAGAAAACCCCAAAUAGCCAGAUGACUAAAACAAAUACAUUUGUUUGUAAGCAGGGAUUUUUCAUUUUUUGCACUCUGUAAAAAUUUGUAAACUCAUACUUAGCAAAUGAUUUUCUUCACUUGAGUGACAGUUCUUCUGCUUUAAUGAAGCUGGCAUGGCAGGGCUUGAAAGGUCAACACAUCCUCUGCUCUUAGCGAAGAGGGCAUGUUUCAGAUAUAAUUAAAAUGUACGAAAUAAUGUGUAUGUACUGUUUAUAAAUUUGAAGACUUGACAGAUGAGCAAACGCCGAAGGAUGAGAAAAAAAAAAUACUUAACCCAGAAACGUUAUGCACAACAUUAAACGUUCUCCUUGUAUAUUGA